CAAUCGGCACGGCACUCACCUAUUUCGCCGUCUAUUGGUUUUUUUGCUCCAAAAGAGUAUCCCUUCAGAAUUGUAUCAUCCUCCAGUAUUAAAUAACAAGGUCCGGCCUAGGCGCCCUAAGGCAAUCUCAUUAAAAAAGGAGGUGCAGUGGCGUUGAUCGAAAUUUUCAUAGGGCACAGGGUAGACCGGAAAAUGAGGAGAAAGUAGCAUCCGAUGGAUCUGACACCAAAGUGAAAACAGCAAUAGCAUGAGAAGUCUUUUAUUGCAUCGCAGCCAUUCAGAAUCAAUCAAGAUAUCGAUGAAGAAGUUGUUCCACUGAAGAAAAUGACAGUGGGGUUUAAUUUAAUGAAAGAGUUCGCGUCAUGCUGAACGUGCAGACAAAUUUUCAGUAUUUUCAUUUAUAGUUAAGCACAAAUGAGGAACUGCUUAUUCAACAAGUGAGAGUAAUGAUGACCAUUUCGACUGAGAGAAAGGGAAAUAGGAAAGGCUCUUGGGAUUCCAAGAUGUCAUGCAGCAGUGGACAUUCGGGCACCAAACAGUAUAGAAGAUCUGCUAGUUCUAUUUUGUCUUCUGAUUCGGACAUUCGAUUUACAAGAAAAAAAUUGACGUCUCAGUACAAAUGCGGUUGCUGUAUUAUAGCCACUUUCCUUCUGUUCCUACUUUUAGCAGGAGCUGCAGUCUAUUUAGGAUAUACAUUGUUCCUCCCGCAGAUGCCUGAAGAGCAAAUCUUCAGAGCGACUUUCAGGGUCGUAGAAGGUGAUGCGUUUUCAUCCGAAAUGGCCGACCCCACGACGAAAAAGUUCCAGAAUAGAUCAAGAGACUACAAGGAGAGGAUCAAUUUGCUAUUCAGGAGGAGUUCCGUACGACAUGGUUUUGUUGGCACCGAAGUACUAGCUCUGGAUGGGAUCGAGAAUAAGGAUCUCAUCGUCCACUUCAACAUCCACAUAGACCCCUACUACGUCGACAUAACUGCCAAAGAUCUGGAGACCAUCCUAGCGAGCGAGAUAGCGGUCCAAGAGUCUUUGUUCUUCAAGAACCUCACCAUUGACUCUGAAAGCUUGGAUGUGCAGCCGAGCAACGCUCUACAGCAACCCACUUCCACGGAAGCCUUUACUGUCACUCAGGCUGUCACCCAGACACCUGAUCCGCCUAGAAGGUGUUUUCCAUUGGAGUUAGAGUACUGCAAGAAGUCCGGGUACAACGUUACGACGUAUCCGAAUAUCUUCAGGCAUAGGGGUAUCAAGGAUGUGAGGGACGACGUCAUUCCCUUCCGAGAGCUUGUGGACUCGGAAUGUUAUCGCCAUGCUUACGAUUUCGUCUGCCAACUCUUGCAGCCGAGGUGCAGGAAUGGCGUAGAAGAAGACGAAAUGGUCCUGCCUUGCAGGAGCUUCUGCAGAGACUUCAUGGCGGGGUGCGGAAGUAGAUUGCAAGGGAAGAUCAAGGAGGCACUGGACUGCAAUAUGUUUCCUGAAUUCGGAGAAGGAGGGAGAUGCACCACAAAACCAGGAUGUGUAGAUGAACUGCAAUCCCGCGCACUAUCACCCCGUAUAUGCGAUGGGGUAAUCGACUGCCAAGACGUCUCUGACGAGAAAACCUGCAGCUACUGCCCCAAAAACCACGUCCACUGCGGGGUGGGAAGGGUGUGCAUCCCCAAAUCGAAGCGGUGCGAUGGAAGAAUUGAUUGUCCGGAUGGUAGCGACGAAAAAGCAUGUCUAAGUUUAGCUUCAAGCGUCCAUAGCUUAAAAAAAGUCGAAGUUGUGACGCCACAUCAAUCACGCUACACCUCUGAGGGAUUCGUAAUUUUCAACGAAAAGGGCGAAAUCGGCAAACUUUGCACUGAAAACAUAAACAGAAGCCUGCCCGCCAAUCAGACACUAGCAGUUCUUCAGGCAGUCGCUAAUUCACUCUGCAAAACGCUCGGUUACGGGGACGUUUUGUCAGUGAAUGUGGCUUUGGAUCCCGAGAAAAACAUUUCCUAUGUACGAAUGAAAAACCCAACAGCUUCAGAGAUAAGUUUUAUUCGAGCCAAAUGUCCCACUAAGCAGGUCUUGAAGGUGUCUUGUUCUGAUUUGCAAUGUGGCAUCCAGAGCACACAUGGUCCUUCAGGUCUGAAAGUUCUGUCCAAAAUGGCCUCCCACGGAGACUGGCCGUGGCAUGUGGUCCUAUUGAAAGAUGACGUCCACAUAUGCGAUGGGACCCUGGUCUCUCCCGAUUGGGUAGCCACGACAACUUCCUGUUUCCAAGGUCAACCGAAGGCCGAAUGGACUGCCAGGUUCGGCAUAACCAGGCUGUUCAGUUCGGUACCUUGGGAGCAAGAUAGACGCAUAAUCGGCAUGAUCAAAUCACCUGUAGAGGGCAGUACCAUCGCCUUGGUAAGGCUCGACCAACCGGUGACCUUGAACGACUUCGUCAGACCCGUUUGCCUGCCCAAAGAGAACAUGGAGUUGUCGUCCGGCAAACUCCAGUGCAACACUUUGGGUUGGGCCAGGAAUAGGGAGCAGCUACAGAGGGUGCAAAUCAAAAUAGCCGAUAAGGAGAGAUGCGAGAACGUCAGCAUCUCGAACGUGAAUAGUAUUUGUUCGGAGACAGUUCUGGGCCAAAAUGAUUGUAAUGAAGAAGAAUUCGCUGGUAGUCCGAUGAACUGCCAAUCGUUGGACGAUGGCAGAUGGACCUUGGUUGGAAUAACGAACUGGAGGAUAGCUUGUGCAAAAAACGGCUUGGAGAGGCCAAGGAUGUACGACAAGAUUUACUCUAACGUCAAUUGGAUACAGGAAAGUAUCAAAUCUGGCGAUACUUGAACUUUUUCCAUAACGUAUUCGUGCCAAAGUGAUAUCUGUCAUCAAAAACAAAUUUGUCAUCGACUGACUGAAGUGAUCUCAAAUUAAUCAGUGGAAGACUUAUCUUGAGAUUAAUAUUGCCAUUCAAACAACAAAUUAUACGCUUGAUUUUAUGAUCAUUGUCAGGGGUUGAUGAAUAGAUUUUUAUAAUUAGGUAUCUGUAGAGAUCUCUCUGUUGUUGUAGAAAAAGGUCAAAUUUUGAUGUUUGUAUAUAGGGUAAUUCGGCAACUUUACGAGAUAGAAACAAUGGGAAUGACAUUCUCGUUGAGACAAAUUCAUUGGGGAAAACAAAAUUUUGCUAUCUUCUUUUGUUUUCAAUUCACAAACUCCAGUUCGGAGACAGAUGUGAUCCAGUGGCGGUAAGAAAUAAAAAAAAAUGGCAAAUUUGAGCGAAAGCCUAAAGUUUCAAUUUUUUAUAUAGGAUAGUUUGGGCAUGAUUUAAUUAUUAUGUUCUCUUUCUGACCAUGUGCCAGUGAAUUUGUCUCUAAAAAAGACACCGAGAAUUUGCGUACCCUCUAUAGUUACUUGAGUUACUUUAACCUCAAAAUAAGCCACCCUGUACGUACGAUUAAAAAUGUUUACUCAAAUAUUGUGAAUAUGUACCAUAUAUGACUGUAUAAUAUUGACGUCCCUGAUUUUUAUUAAAAAUGAAUUAUGUAUA